AUGGCAUCGAAAAAAAAGUCAAAAAGUAAACAAGAUAAGGAUGAAAUUGGAGAGGAAAUUGCAGAAUUAGUUGCCAAAAUUCAACUUAUAGAGGGCGACAGACGGGCUUUCAUCGAGAGUUCCGAUUUCACUUCCAAGAGCAACGAUGCCAAAAUAAGUGCUUUGAGGGCUGAAAAUAAAGAACUGGCCAAUAAAUUCAGAAAAAGCACUACUUGUGAUGACGAAACAUUAAACAAGGUCUUCAAAGGUCACGACAUGAAGAAAGAAGCUUUUAAAAACAAAGAGCCUGAUGACACUAUAGAUGAGUUACACAAUAAAAAGUGUGACCAAAUUAAGAAACUGAAUUAUGCCCAGUAUUUGACCAAAAAGAAGGACAAAGAGCUAAGCGAUCUGGUUGAAAGGAUGAAAAAACUGCACGAAAUAGCCGACAGGUCAAACCGUCGAGACGCGUUGCCGACUUCACAGAAAUCCAAGAACCGAAUGAUUCAAACCGACAUCGAAAAAUAUAAGCUUCGGAAUACCGAAGUUGACGAAGUUCAGAACUUUUUCUUCAAAAUUGUGCAGAGUUUGCGAGAAGAAAACAAAAUGUAUUUAACAAAUUUGGAAGACCUCGAUAAUCAAAUAGAAGAAAAUGAAGACGAAUUGAGAGGUUUGCAGGACUUGCAUCGAGACGCCGAACAGUCGAAGGAAUUCGCAAAAAUGGACUUGCAAAUGCAAGACCAGAAAGCUCAGGGAGCGAAGAAAAUACGCGAAAAACAGAAAAGUAACUUAAAGAGAGUUUCGGAUAAACGGGAAAGCGAAUUAGAGCACCUAGAAGGAUUGGUUCAGGAAGAACAACGAGCAGGUGCAAAUCACUUUGACGAGGAUUUGGAAGAGCGGAAAAAGACCAACUGGACGAAAGCCGAGGAAACCGAACAGAGGCUAAGCAACAUUGAAAAAGUGAAUCAAAGAGUGAAAGACAAAACUGGUUUGUAUUCAAAUGAAGAUGCGAUCAAUCAUUUCAAGAGUCAGUACGAUACCAAAGACGCCCUCGAAAGCCAAAUUGAUAAAAACUCUGAAGACAUCAACGAUAUGAGAAGCAGAAAACAGAGUUUGCGGGAUACUUAUGAAGAAUUGAGAUACAUGGACGAUAUGGCUUCCAAUAGAGUAAGUGUAGUUGGCUCGGAAGACGAAUACAGUGAUGAAAACUACGACUUUGACAAGGCUCGGAUCUCGGACGCCGAACGUCGGUUUUCUCAAAACCGGGAGACGCAACGCGAUAUCCGAAAUUCUGUAGAUCAUAUUCGAGAGAAAUUGUCCACCGCAAAGGGAGGGCAAAGUCGUCUCAAAUCAAACAGGCCGCAAAAGCAAUCGUUGCCGGGUCGAAACCACGAAGUUGACAGUAUAGCUGAAUCGUUGGAAAAUGUGAGAGACACAAUUAAAAGUAUCUACAGUGAAAUCGGUGAAGAUACUGACACCCGACAAGUGUUGCGAGAAAUGGAAGAAUCAGAUUUCAACAAAACUGUCCAAGAAAAAAUGACGCCGACAAAUACUCGGGUCGGUCCCUAUCAGUCUGCGACUUACCAUCCGUCGGAAGAAGACGACGCUUCGGAUGACGACAUACCGACUCGAAAAGAUAUCAAAAGGUCAUCGCAGUCGCUGAUCGAUUUAAAGAACAGUCGACGGCCGAAUAAGAAACCUAUGAAGCGAUUCAGAUAA